ACUUCAAGUUCACGUAUCUCAACGUCUCUGUUCUCCCCAAGAUAGCAUUUUUUUUUUUCCUUCAAAGCUUUUAUUUUUUAUUCAAAUUUUCUCAUGAUUUCAUAAUCUUGCCUCCUUUCUUUUGUAUUUAAUUUUUUCUUCUACGGUGUUUUGUGAAAAUUUUCUCAGUUCACUGAAAAAAUGAGUUUUGACAAGAAGAUUUGUUCCAUAAUUUUGUAUUUUGUAUUGUUUUCUCAAAACUUGGAGCUGAGUUCUUCUGGGUUAUUGAUUUCCAGUGGUGGGUUUUAUUAAGAUUUGAAAUUCGGUACAAGUUCAAGCAAUUUGGGAUUUAUGACUUGACAGUUGUGAGAUUGGACAUCCAGAUUUUAAUUUUUCUCACUUGGGUUUCUGAAAUUCUCUCAGUCUGGGAGCUGUUAUUUAUAGUUUUCCCCAGAAACUCAGGGGAUUCGUGGGAAAGUUUCAUUGAAGUGUGAAUAGGUACAUGGGCAUUUCUCAAUUUUUACCGCUUUGGGUUGUCCUAUUCCGAGAAAAGAGAUGACAUAGUCUGGGGUAAGAGGGGAUUUGAGCAUUUGGAUUUAUUUCAACUUCUUAAUUUCUAUAUUUAGGCUUUAGGGUUUCAAUGGGAUUUCUAACUCUUGGAUCUGAGUGAACAAAGCUUAGGAAAGUGAGAACUGGUAGUUGAGUUCUUGGUUUUUGAUUCUGAAGAUCACGAGAUUGGUGCUAAGUGAAGUUAUGAUUUUACAACUGUCUCGGUGACUUUUGCUGUUAUUCCCCUUCAUUAAUGUCGGUUUUCCAGCUUAAGAGGUCUGAUUAGAGGUUUCCUAGAGAGAGAGAGAGAGAGAGAGAGAAAGAUAAUUUUGCUUGGUGGGUGUAAGAGAUGGGGCAUUCAGUUGAAGUGACGAAGGACUGGAAUGGGAUCGACCAGGUUGUGCUUCGGAAUGCGCGAGGAGCUUCAGCACAGGUGAGCUUGCAUGGAGCGCAGGUCACUUCGUGGAGGAGCAAUCAAGGGGAAGAACUUUUAUUCACUAGUAGUAAGGCAAUCUUUAAGCCGCCUAAAGAGGUGCGAGGAGGCAUCUCUAUUUGUUUCCCACAGUUUGGGAACUGUGGAUCACCAGAGCAGCAUGGACUAGCAAGGAAUAAGAUUUGGACAAUAGACAAAAGUCCUCCACCGUUUGGCUCUGAUGAUUCUUAUGGCAAAUCCGUCAUUGACUUGCUACUUGUACCAUCUGAAGAGGAUAAGAAGUACUGGCUGCAUAGUUUCGAGUUCCGGCUUAGGGUGUCUCUUGCAACAAAUGGAAAUCUAACUAUGACAUCGCGCAUUAGGAAUGUCAAUGGGAAGCCAUUCAGUUUCUCAUUUGCAUAUCACACAUACUUUUCAGUCUCUGAUAUAAGUGAAGUGCGGAUAGAAGGGUUAGAAACUCUUGAUUACCUUGACAGCCUCUGCCAGAAAGAACGUUUUACGGAACAAGGUGAUGCAGUAACUUUUGAAUCUGAGGUGGAUCGAGUUUAUCUUAGUUCUCCAAACAUAAUUGCUGUUCUCGAUCAUGGAAGGAAGCGGACAUUUGUUAUGAGAAAGGAAGGUCUACCAGAUGUUGUGGUAUGGAAUCCAUGGGAGAAGAAGUCAAAAUCAAUGAUGAACUUUGGUGUUGAAGAAUACAAACAAAUGCUGUGCGUAGACGGGGCAGCAAUUGAGAAACCCAUCACUUUGAAGGCAGGUGAGCAGUGGACAGGUCAACUUGAGUUCUCUGUGGUCCCUUCGAGUUUCUGCAGUGAGCAUCUCGAUCCUCGCUGGAGACCAUUCGAGUAAAUUUCCUCCCCUCAUGCUGUUGUAACUUUUCUUUUUUUCUUUUGAUAGUCAUAGUCAUGGUUGUAGUAGUGAAGUGAUCGAAACAAAACCAUUCUGGUUUUUCUGAAACUAGGAUCAUGGGAUAAUCCUGUUAUGAGUCUGGCCCAUGUUUUUUCAAAUGGCUGCUGAUAACUCUCUCUCUCGCCAUUCCCGCAUUCCCUGUUUGUAACUGUGGGAGGACAAUAAAAAGGAGAAUAUGGCUUGUUUA